CAGGAGUCAUGUAGUUCUACGCUUUCGGGCAAGAAGAUUAUUGUGUCCGGAGCAGGCAUUGCUGGACUCGCGUUCGUCAACUCUUUAAGAAAGAUUUGGACAGAUGACCUGGGCACAUAUCCAAUCGUAACGUUGUACGAGCGAGAUGUUGGGCCACCGGACGUCGGAGGAGGCUAUACUAUCAGCAUUCGAAGCGCCAAAGGGUCUGAAGGGAUACAGACGAUGCAAAAGCUCUGCUUGUUAGCAAGGCUGCUAUCGAUGAGCAUCACACGGGAGGGAGACGAGCGACGCUACUUUGGCGACUGGGUCAGCCUGGUUAAGGUACGCGGGGCACCUCCCGGCGGUGUACCAAAGGCCGGUAUGCGGGUGGCGAGGAGGAGGUUGAGAAAGCUUCUGUUAGAUGCUGCUGCGGAGCGGGGGUCUGCCAAUGUUGUAUGGGGUGUAGCAUGCGUUUCAGCAGUGACUGCAACGGACGGCACUGUCCGUGUCGAACUAAGCAACGGGUACACGGAUCAAUGUGAUCUUCUCGUUGUUGCAGAUGGCAUCAACAGCAAAAUCCGGGGGUGUAUCCGCCCAAACGAUCAACUGCAUUUCGCAGGGCCAGUCUCAGUCCAUGCGAUUUCAAACUUUCCUAAACCACCACCAAAGCCUGUCGACCGAGACUGGGGUCUCAUCCCCAACGGCCGAGGCGCUGCCCUAUUCGUCUCUCCUAUGGACGAGCGGACAGCAAACUGGAGCCUCAGUUACCUUGCGGACAAACCUCGACCAGCAUUGCCUCCCAAUCAGCGACAACAACUCCUUGAAGAAGUUCGCCAGCUAGGCGACGGCUUGCAGGAGCCUUUCCAGACUCUACUGAAGCACACCAACGCUUCCACUUUCAUGAUUCACAACUCAAUGGAUAAGAAGCCAUUCGCUCAUGGCACCGCGAAUGGUGUACCGGACGGCAUCGUCUUCAUCGGGGACAGCAACCACGGUAUGAGCCCGUUCGCUGGCAACGGCGCGAACUUGGCUCUCACAGACGGAUACGAUCUUGCAGAGUGCAUCUGUUCUUACACCACCAUCCAGCAGGCGGUCCAGGCGUAUGACGAGCGUAGCCUGUCCCGUGCCACAGCCUCUCUGAGGAUAUCGCAUGACCUGAUCAGAGUCGUACAUUCGAGCGGCAUCAGAUGGAUCCUUUACCGCACGGCGCUG